AUGCGCACGCGUGAUAUCCGGCAGUGGCUUCGCACCGCCGAUGUCGCAAGUGCGGAGUCGCCGUAUGAUUCGGAUGAUGAUAUGGCACCAGGGCAAUCCGUGCCCACGGGCCCUGCUAGUCCCGACGAAGGGGGAUCGGACUGGAAUGGAUUUGUGACCCAUGUCGCUGCUGUACUGCGGCACCCUUCACCCAAAAGACGCCAGCAUUUCUUGCGCGAGUGCAUUCCUUUAGUGGCAAAUGACGCAGAGACGACGUCGGACGAGCGUGUCGAGUUAUACCAGCUGCUGCUUCAGGCGUCCCUUUUCCAUCAGGACCGUGCGUCGCGUCUGUCUCUGCUCGAGGCAGCUCAUCUUCUUCUCAGCGCCGACGUGGGCGACAAAGUGCAGGCGCCGUAUGAUAGUGUUCUUGUUCUCUCUGCACACCGUGCGCUUCGCUCUGAAGUCGAUCGUGUGUGCAAUGCCAAUGAUGGGAGUGCGCGUGCACCCCGUGCUCAAGUGGCGAAUGUCCAUAUGUGGAUCGCUGUUCUCCUCUCCCACAUUCUGCGUGGAGAUGCGGCACACUUGCAAGGCGAUGUGCACCUAUCAACCCUUCUUUCGGCUUUUGCGCUCACGCAUAUGUGCUUGCUGAUCACGAAGCCUACGACGCAUACCGAUCGCUUGAUCGGUGGUGUGCUCCAUACUGCAUGGCGUACGUUCCGCCAGGCACCUCAGCAGCUUGAUCUGUGCCUGCGAGUUGCGCUGGAUAUGCCGGCAAAUGCCGUGUGGCGCUCUGUCGUUCUCCAAGGCGUGAUUCUCGAUGUGGCUCGACACCUCAAAGCCAAGGACCGGGCUCUGGGUGUGUCGUGUAUGGAGCAGCAUCGCGAUGUUGUAUUGCAGUACUACAUGUCGCAUAUCGUGAGUGCCAAGACCGCUGUGCCACGCAGCGUUGUCCAUGCGUUGGAUGGGUUCCUGCGUACCCAUGUGACGCAAGCCGCGCUGGACGAGCAUGUCUUCCCUACACUGCAAAAGAUGCUGCUUCGCUCGCCUGAGCUUGCUUUCCAUGUGGCUGAUGGCCUUUGCCGCGCUGUACCUGUUGAUGCUACGGCCGUACUUGCGCGAUUCCAAACCGUGCUCUUGUCGUCGAUUGUCUCGUCGAAUGCAACGACGCGCGAAGGUGCUCUGGCCUUUGCUACGACGCUGCUUACUACGUCGGGCGUUAAUGUGGAUAGCUUUGUCGAGGCUGCAAGCAAGAGCAUCAAGCCUGCUGAGUCACGUACCGAAGACCAACGUCGAUCGCAGUGUGCGCUCUUGGAAGCGGUGCCUCCAAGCAUAGCGGGCAGCAUGUCCCUUCUUGAGGCGAUGGCACCGCUGGUUCAAAAAGAAGUACAGCCUACACCGCUUCGCUACGAACUGGAUGCUAUGUGGCCACAUGUCAAGGCUUUGCUGGCGAGUAAUACCAAGGUACCGGCUUCGUAUACCAAGGCACUCUUCACCAAGGCACAAUCGCUCAAAGCACCCCUAUGUGCUGCGACCAUGUCGUCGCUUGGCGUCGCUAUGAAAUCCCAUGUGCCUGCGUCCGAGGCUGACGUAGCGUUCUGGACCGAGGGCCUGCCCGCUCUGCGCGCCGCCGUGCAAGCUGCAUCAAGCAGUGCACUCACGUCUCCUGAAGCCGCGCUGGAAGGGUGUGUCGCCGUCGCCUUGCUGUGGGGCCCCUUGUCUCUGUCUGGCUCCACUGACGUGGCCUCGCAGGCUACCAAGAUUGCGCCUGUCGCGACGCUCCUCACGCUGGGCGCCAAGCCGUCGUUCCUGGUGAACGAGAAAGUCGCGCGAAAAAUGAUCGAGCCUGGUACGCUCGCCUGGCAUGCGGAAGCGCUCGGUGCUGUGCUCCGUCGGCAUGGUGUGCAGCAUAUACACGACCCAACGCUGCAAGAGGCUGUGGAGGCCUUGCUCAGUGUCUACUUGGUACAUGAUUCGGAGGCGGGUGUGGCGCUGCUUAGCGAGGUGGCCGAGGCGGAUGCUCGCCUUGCGCUGCGUCUCGUAUUGCAUCUGCUACGUCGCGACGUAGCCUGGGCCCCGCAUACUGUGCAUCGUAUGCUGACACUGCUGGCCUCGAAAGAGCGUGCGUUCCUUCUCCCUGAUCUUGUGGUUGUAGCGCAUAGUGCAUUGCUGCAUGACCGGGAGGGCGAUGCAUUUGUACGUCUAUGCCGCCUGGCCGGCGCGGAUCCACAUGCCCUCGUCAAGGCGCAUGCUGAUGAUCUGCUGCAUACAGUAUACGAAGCACAGCAUGAUGCAUCGUGGGCGGAUGCGGCGCAGGCAGCUCUCUCGACGCUUCUCUUCAUCGCGCCGGAUGUGCUCUUUGGCCGUGUAUGUGGCGACAUUGUCCGUGAUUUAUCCCUGCACCCACUCCAAGCGCUCUCGGAGCAGGAUGUGGCCAUUUGGGGCGCGCCUGCCGAUCGCCCGUACAUUGAUGUGUUGGCGCAGUCCAAGGCCAAGACGUCCGUCGACAAGGGCCGCACGACCAACAUGGACAAGUGGGAUGCAGAAGUGCGUGCCUCUAUCGCAGCGAAGAAAGCUGCUAGUGGGCCGCAGACCUUGUCGAAACAGGACCAAGCGGCGGUCGACGCUCAACUCGCUACCGAGCGCGAGAUCCGCGCGCAUGUCGACACCACGCGUGCACGCAUGUCACGUGCAUUGCAGCGUGUCGCGAGUGUGACGCAAGCGCGUACCGACGCUGUGGAUGCGUACGUGUACCCUUUGACGCAAGCUGUACGUCCUUGUUUGUCGUACGAGCGUGUGCAUACGCUGCAAAUCGGUGCGGCUGCUAUCGAUGCGUUGGUCGCCUUGUCUCGCAGUGUGGAGCCGCGCGCGGAAAAGGUGUGUGCCUUUGUGCUGAGCGUGAUGCUUCGCGAGGUCGAUGAUGACUUUGUGUCGCUCGACUACGCGCUGGAAUCGGCGCGCGAUGUCGAGUUGCGCAGCUUGUACCAGCUGCGUUUGUUGGUCGAUGGUGCGCCGCUCUCGUGUGGCACGUGUGGCUUCCUUGUGCCAUGGCUGACGUACCUUGUGGAGCAUAACACAUUGACUGGCAACGAAGAACACGACGACGCUGUGGUCGAGCGGCUGCACCUUGUCCUGGAAAUUCUGCAGGCACAUACGUGGUACGGCGCGGAUCCGUCGUUCCCACGUGCUCCCGUCCUCAAGGCUCUGCUCACACUCGCACGUCGUGUGCCGAUGCUCUCGUCGGACGCUGUGGCUGCGUUGCGUGCCUAUGGCGAUGCGAUGGCCCGCGAAGUGCGUGGCGAAGGCGCGCUCGUCACGCUGCUCCUCAACGCCGCGCUCUCGGACGAACGUAGGGAGCGUGACGGUGCGAUGCAGUGCUUGGCACCCCUGGACUUGACGGAGCUCGAGUUCCCUGCAGCGCUGUUCCUCGCGCAACAGUCCGAGGACGAUGCGCCCUUGGCCGAGCGGCUGUGGGAGGAAAAUGGGCUGGAUGUCCCGCCGACGUAUGCCUCGUCGCUCGUCCCGCUGCUGCAGCAUUCGCACGAGUACGUGCGUGCACAGGCAGCGAAAGCGCUAGGUGUGGCCUGCGCGAUGCAUCCCUCGACGUUUGCAUCCCUGCUUGACUCGUUGCAGUCGCUGUACCAUGCCGAGAACUAUUCUCUUGAGCCGGAGUAUGAUCAGUACGGCAUGGUGAUCGAGUCUACGUUGGGCCGCCAGGAUGCGUGGCCUGUGCGAUUGGCUGUGGCCCAGACAUUCCAAGCGAUUGCGCCGCACUUUGAUCCUGCGCAUGUGGUGCCGUUCUUUGUGUUUGCGCUGCAGCGCGGCGCAGGUCUGAGCGAUCGUGACGAGCGUGUACGCCGCGCUAUGCUCGACGCUGGCUUGGCGGUGAUCGAUGCACAUGGCGCUUCUGUCCUGCAUGAGCUCAUGUCGCAGCUGGAAUCGAGUGUCGGCAGCGACGAUGAUGCCGUGCAAGAAGCGGCGAUUGUGCUGCUGGGCCGCGCCGCACGUCAUCUUGCGACGGACGAUGAGCAUGUUCGCCGCGUCGUGGAUCGUCUUCGCGGCGCGCUGCCGACGCCUAGUGAAUUGGUCCAAGACGCCGUAGCGUCGUGUCUUCCAGCGCUGGUCCGCACGGCCGCCGUGGCACGUGAUGUGCCUUCGAUGGCCGACGAGAUGAUGCAUGAUCUGUUCCGCGGCCCGUCCUACGCGGCGCGACGCGGUGCCGCGUACGGCCUUGCCGCGCUGGUGCUGGGCCGCGGUAUCGGUGCUAUGCGGGAAUGGCGUAUCUUGGAGCGGCUUGAAGAUGCCGUGGCAGAUACCAGUACGACGACGAUGCGCCAAGGCGCGAUGCUGGCCUACGAGAUGCUGGCUCACACCCUCAAAGUGCUGCUGGAGCCGUAUGUCGAGCGGAUGCUGCCAUCGCUGCUCACCUGCUUUGGCGAUACGCAUGCGGAUGUGCGGGAGGCCACGCAGGACGCUGCGCGUGUGUUGAUGCGCAGUCUCAGUGGCCAAUGCCUCAAGCUGAUCUUGCCUGAGCUCCUUGCCGGGCUGGACGAGAAGCAGUGGCGGACCAAGAAGGGUGCGGUGGAAUUGCUUGGCGCGAUGGCGUUCUGUGCGCCGCGGCAGCUUUCGGCGGCAUUGCCGACGGUCAUUCCACGGCUGAGCGACGUACUCACUGACUCGCAUCGGCAGGUGAGCGCGGCUGCGAACCAGAGUCUUAAGCAGUUUGGCGAGGUGAUUCACAACCCUGAAAUCCACCACUUGGUGCCUACGUUGCUCAAGGCGUUGGUCGACCCGAACGCCAAAACGGCGUCGGCGCUCAAAGCUUUGCUGCAUACCAAGUUUGUGCACUACAUUGAUGGACCCUCGCUAGCGCUCAUCGCGCCGAUUCUUGAGCGUGGCCUGCGUGAACGCAGUGUCACAGCGCAAAAGCAGGCGGCGCAGAUUGUAGGCAACCUUGCGUCGCUGACCGAUUCGCGCGACUACGUGCCGUACCUGGCCCGGUACACACCGCUCGUACGUGGCGUGCUGGUAUCCCCGGUGCCGGAUGCACGUGCGACGGCGGCGCAUGCGCUGGGUACGCUGGUCGAGCGGCUGGGCGAAGUGCACUUUGCCGACUUGGUCCCCUCGCUCCUGCAAGUGCUGCAGACCGAUGCGACAGGUGUCGACCGACAUGGUGCAGCACAGGGAUUGGCCGAAGUGCUGGCGGGUCUCGGUAUGGAGCGUAUGGAGCGACUGCUGCCCUCGAUUAUCGAGAAUACACAGGCGAGUGCGUCGUACGUGCGAGAAGGUCAUCUCGCGCUGCUCAUCUACCUCCCUGCGACGUUUGGCUCUCGCUUUGUGCCGCAUCUCGGCCGCAUUGUCCCGCCGAUCGUCUCGAGUAUGGCCGACGAUGUCGAGUCGGUGCGCGAGGCGAGCUUGCGCGCUGGUCGUAUGCUCAUUGUGAACUAUACACAGCGGUCGGUCGACCUGCUCUUGCCGCAGCUGGAGCCGCGUCUGUUUGACGAGCGCCACCGCGUGCGUCUUUCGUCGCUGCAGCUGACCGCCGAUCUGCUGUUCCGUGUCGGUGGCAUUGCCGGCAAGGCCGAGGUGGGCGACGCAGAGGCAGGUGAUGGCGAUCUGGACGUCGACAUGGCCGAGGCUGACGACGUAACGGACCAGGCGCCGCAUUCCUCCAUUCAGCGGCAGCUGACACAGGCGCUGGGCAGCGAACGUCGGCAGCGUCUGCUCGCCGCCAUUUACAUCUUGCGGCAGGACCCAAGCAUCCCUGUGCGCCAAACCGCGGCGCAGACAUGGAAGGCCUUGGUGCACAAUACACCCCGCACGGCACGCGAAGUCUUGCCGAUCAUGCUCGAUCUGCUUCUUGGUGCACUGGCCGCCGAGGGCGACGAGCAGCGCGAUAUGGCCGGUCGUACGCUGGGCGAGCUGGUGCGCAAGCUUGGCGAAAAGAUUCUGGGCGAGACAGUGCCGUUGCUGGCCGAGCGCGCGCAGAACGCGCCGCGUGCCAGCACACGCGCUGGUGUGUGCCGCGCCGUGACAGACAUUCUGAGCAAUGCGACCAAGACGCAGCUCGAGGAUCACGAGGCGUCGCUCAUUGCGAUUGUCCGUGGCGCACUCGGCGACGAGUCCGCGAUGGUCCGCGCCGCCGCCGCACACGCUCUCGACGCAAUGCAGUCGCAUCUUGGUGCACAUGCGAUCGAUGCGACGGUGCCGACGCUGCUGGGCGCGCUCGAAGACGACGAGCGCGCUACGACGGCGCUCGCUGCUCUCCGCGAAGUCGUGCGGACGCAGCCGGAGGCCGUGGUGCCUGUGGUCAUUCCGACGCUGGUGCGCACGCCGCUCAGCGAAGCGCAUGCACAUGCGCUUGCCGAGCUCUUGCCCGUCAUGGGCGCGACGCUCGCGCCUCAUAUUGCGUCAGUGCUGGGCGCCUUGGCAGCGACCAUCUCGCCCGCGGACCUCGAAGCAGAUGCACACUGGCCCGUGGCCGAUGCCCUGUUCGCCUCGGUGCGUGAUAUUGAUGCGCUGCACCAAGCCAUGAUCCAACUGCUGGGCUGGCUGGGGCAUCGUACGCCCGAGCGCCGUACUCUGGGCUGCCUGCUCUUUGUGCGAUUCACGCAGCAUGUCGCCAUCGGCUGGGACGACUACACGAUCGACUAUGUACGCAAACUUGUGGCGCUCUUUGACGAUCCCUCGCCGAUGGUCACACCAGCGGCCCUCGCGGCGCUGGAUGCGUGCGUGAAGGCUGUGCCCAAAGACCAUUGGGACGCGCUCGUCGUCCCGCUGCGUCGCGCGCUCGAGUCGACAGGGGCCCCUGGGACGCCGUUGCCGGGUCUUUUGUUGCCACGUGGCGCUGGCCCAAUGGUGCCGGUGCUUCUGCACGGUCUCUUGCAAGGCACCGCGGAGCAGCGCGAGCAAGGCGCGUUGGGUCUGGCCGAUCUUGUGCUGCGCACGACAGCCGACGCCAUCAAGCCGUUCAUUACCGCGAUGGUGGGCCCAUUGAUUCGUCUGUGUGGUGAUCGUCAUGCGCCGCCCGUGAAAGCGGCCAUCCUUACGUCGCUGGAUACCAUGAUCCAUCAUGUCCCGGCCCUGGUCCGUCCCUUCUACCCGCAACUGCAGCGCUCGUUCCAAAAAGCACUGGGCGAUCCCGCCAGCGCGAAUGUACGUGGCAAGGCCGCCUCGGCACUUGGUUUCCUCAUGGGUCUACAGACGCGUGUGGAAGGUGUGAUCCAGGAACUGGUCCAGCAAAUUCAGCAAGCGCUCGCUGAUCCCUCGUCCGACGAGACGACCGAUGCUGCGGCGACAGCGCUGGCCGAUAUUGUGCGUCAUGUCGCAGCCGACAAGCUGAGCGAGCCUGUGCGCGAGUCGAUGGCCGCCUGCCUCACGUCCGCCUUCCACGCGAACGAAGAGCCGCGGGAAGCGAUGAAGCGUGCCUUGGCCGAGCUGUGUGCGGCCAUGCUGCAGGCACAUCCCACAUCCAUGGCACCCGUUCUCGACGCCGAGAUCCUCCAGCCAGCACCAGUGGAUGUGCAGUUGGCCGCCUUGUGCUUGCGCGCCUGCAUGGAGGAGGCCCCAGAGGCGCUGUACGAAGCCACUCGUCCACCGACGAUGCUAGCGCAGCUCACCGGUGCAUGGCUGAGCGAGGCGCCCUCAGUCGUGCGCCCCGCUCGCGAAACUCGCGAUGCUAUGCGCCGCACAGCGCCAUGGAAGUCUGAUGAAGCCGUCCAGAGUGCGUUGAAAUAA